AUGUCAGGUCUUCAGGCCAUCCGCUAUUCGCGGGGUCGGCUGGAAGUGCUGGAUCAGUUGCGACUACCGCACGAGCACCACUACGAUGUCGUCUCAACUGCGGAAGAGGCAUUUGACUGCAUCAAGACUAUGAGAGUCAGAGGAGCACCCGCCAUUGCCAUUGUCGCUAGUCUUGCUCUAGCCGUCGAACUCUUUCACGGCGCAUGCAAAGCAGACAGCGCCAACGAGGCGAUUACCUAUGUCGACUCUCGUCUCGAUUACCUCAAAGAAAGCCGGCCGACUGCCGUGGACUUGAGUAAUGCCAUCUCCCAUCUCAAAGCUGCCAUUCGCGCCCCGCCGACGGAAACCACCAGCGAACUCCCCACGCCUUCGCCACAAGCCGCCAUAAUUGAAACAUUCAUCGACACCGCUGAGGCGAUCCUGGCCAGGGACCUGUCCACCAACGUUGCCAUUGGCGACUUCGGUGCGGAAUGGCUUCGGGCGCAACACUCCGCCAGUCCCGACAGCCAAAUCUCCGUCCUCACACACUGCAACACCGGCAGUCUCGCAACCAGUGGCCACGGCACAGCCCUUGGAAUCAUACGUUCUCUCUACGCCAAGAAGCUACUAAAGCACGCCUUCUGCACCGAGACACGCCCCUACAACCAGGGCAGCAGACUGACCUCGUUCGAGCUGGUCUUUGAAGGCAUACCUUCCACACUUAUCACCGACUCCAUGGCCGGCGCGCUCUUUGCUCUCCAGAAAGAGAAGAUGAACAUUGGUGCUGUCAUCGUCGGUGCUGAUCGCGUGGUACGGAACGGCGACACUGCGAAUAAGAUCGGAACAUACUCCCUUGCCGUCCUGGCCCGCCAUCAUGGCGUCAAGUUUGUCGUGGCUGCGCCGACAACGAGCAUUGACUUAGAGACCGAAACGGGCGCCGGCAUCAAGAUUGAGGAACGCAAGAAAGAGGAACUCACGCAGAUCAGCGGUGCCGUAGUCGGCGCCGACGGCACGAUCGACGUGUCAAAGACUGCUAGAGUUGCCAUUGCAGACCAAAGGAUAGGGGUUUGGAACCCGGCAUUCGAUGCCACUCCGGCAGAGUUGAUCGACGCUAUCGUGACGGAAAAGGGCGCUGUAGUAAAGGGAGCUGAUGGCAAGUUCAAUUUCCGUGAGGUCAUGCCGGAGCGAUGGGCAAGCAUUGUAGAAAAACGGUGA